AGACUUUGUCUUUGCCAAUGGAUCACCACCCCAUUGGUUGGACUUAUCCUCUAUAAAUAGUAUUGAAUGCCCAAAUAACAUUACACAUCCAUAAAGUUUCGUACAAUAGAUAGCAUUCCCCGAAUGGCCACAUCUGAAGCUAACACCAUAGAGCCAGCACGUCCUUUGGCCACUUUCCUCCUUCGAUUUGGGGGGAUAGCUUCCUGACAUUCACUCUUGACAAUUCCCAAUUGGAAGCAUAUGGUGAAGCUAUGGAGCAGCCAAAAGAGCAACUGAGAAAGUUGAUAUUAAACCCUGCAGUUGAUUUAAAUGACAAAUUGAGUGUGAUUUAUUUCGUGCAUCGUCUUGGUUUAACAUAUCUUUUCUUGAAAGAUAUUGAUGGUCAACUUGAUAAGCUUUUCAACCAGAUUAACAUGCAAACUUACGACAAAGCAGAUCUUUAUACAACGUCUAUUCACUUUCAAGUCUUUAGAAUCUUUGGUUACAGAUUCUCUUGUGAUGUGUUCAACAAAUUCAAGGAUUUUAGGUCUGGUGAAUUCAAGGAAGACAUCACUACAGAUGUGAGAGGCAUGCUAAGUUUCUUUGAAAGUGCUCAAUUAAGAAUAAGAGGAGAAUCUAUUUUAGAUGAAGCCAUUGCAUUCACGAAAAGUAAACUAAAAAGCAUAGAAAAAACACUCCAAGGUACUCUUGCGUCACAAGUAAAACACGUGUUAGAGAGACCUUUUCAUCGAGGGCACCCAAUGUUUGAGGCAAGGCAAUAUUUGUCCCAUUAUGAAGAAGAAAUUACCAGAUAUGACCCGCUAUUAACUCUUGCAAAACUACACUUCAACUACUUGCAACUACUACAAAAAGAAGAACUUCGAAUUGUUUCAAAGUGGUGGAAGGACAUGCAAUCACAAGUGAAAACAUCCUAUGUAAGAGAUAGAGCGGGGGAGUGCUAUGUAUGGAUAUUGGCAAUAUACUUGGAACCUUAUUACUCUCAAGCGCGAAUCAUUACAACCAAAGUAAUCCUUCUUCUUGUGGUGUUAGAUGACACAUAUGAUGCAUAUGCUACGAUUGAAGAGAUGCGAGUUCUAACACAAGCAAUAAACAGGUGGGACAUUACUGCUAUGUCGCAACUUCCUGAAUAUAUUAAACCAUACUAUAAAUUUGUACUCAACCAGUAUGCUGAAUGGAACAAACAAGUACCUCAACAAGGAACAACCAAUCUCAUUGAGGCUUCCAAAAAGGCUUUUCAAGAAAUGGCUACAGCCUACCUUCGAGAAGCUGAAUGGAGGCAUAGUGAGGUGCCUUCAUUUGAAGAGUAUAUGAAAAUUGGGUUAAUUACUUCUGGAUAUGGUCUUCUUUAUAAAUCAGCGUUGAGUGGUAUGGGCAAAAUUGUCACAGAAGAAGUCAUUGCUUGGUUCGAAAGUCAUCCAAAGAUUGUAACAACUUCACAGACCAUCGGAAGACUCCACGGUGAUCUCAUGACUAUUGCGUUUGAGCGUGAAAGAGCUCCAUCAGCCACAGGUGUAGAUGCUUAUAUGAAGACUUUUGGGGUGUCGGAAAAUGUUGCCAUCGAGGCGAUCAUAAACAUUAUUGAAGAUGGAUGGAAAGAUAUAAAUGAGGGAUGCCUAAAGCCAACAGAGGUCCCAAUGGAAAUACUUGCCCCACUUGUUAAUCUUACACGAAUGAUAGAUGUGAUUUACAAGUAUACGGACGGGUUCACUUUUUCGGAAUGCACGUUUAAGGAAUAUAUUACACUCUUGUUCUGUGUUUCCGUCCCCAUGUAACAACUAGGAGGUGUGUUAGGGGAUUCGUAUCUUAAUAUAUGUAAUAGAACGAUGAAUACUAUGAUAUCCACUAUGGAUAUGUGUGUGAUGAUGUUUAUGUAUUCCUUUAUGUUAUGUAACGAUGAAUAAUGUUGAUAUCCAA